AAGGGUCUUUGUUUGUUCAAAACAUUUUGAAGAAAAAUGCUUUGAACUAAGUUGGGACAUGCAACACCAGAUAUUCCCGCGAAAAAUCCCGAGAAUGCUGUUAAAAAAUGCCUCUCCAACAAUAUUUUGUUUUCAAGAGCAACCAAAGGAAAAAAGGCCUCAGUUCGAAGGGCCCAAUGCAGAGAAAGAGAAGAGGUAAUUUAUAGGUAUUUGUUAAUAGGAGUCACAUGUCGAGCUAAUCUAAAAUUUUAGGUCAUAGAAACUGCCGUAGUGAUGGAAUUGCAUGAAGAAGAAGUGGAAGCUAGCAACACAUGUGGAACACAAACUGAUUCUCCUAUUGUCGUUAGUAAACCAAAAGUUGUCUUGCGAUCUAUUGGUACCCAGACUUCGCCAAUUAGUGUCAGAAAUAUUGGGUAUCAAGUUAAUAUGCGACCUCGACACAGAAGUCAAUGUGUACAAGUAACGCCAGAUACAACAAACAUUCACUGUCAAACACGUCUUGGCGACCAAGGCGACUGGGACAAAGACGACGAUGUUGAUGACGAUGAAAAUGUUGAUGAUGAUGAAACUGAUGAAGAUAAUUACGAGUUUGAUGAUGAUUGUGACGACGAUAACAUUGUCCCCCAACUUAAUAGUACCACUAUUGAAAAAAUGAGAGACCUAACUCCAGAAUUCUUCGCCAACAUGCUGGGAUUAUCUUCAAUAACAAGCAGCAACAAGAGUUGUAUACACAACGUAGACGAAGAUGAUGAGACAAAUGAAGAAGAAUUGCUUGAUGUAUCAUUCAACGAUUCGUGGUUGAAAAAGUCAGAAGAGCGCUGUGAAGACUGAUCCUACGUACGAGCCGGACGUUAAAGAAGAUUACGAGAAGAUUAAUCUAGUAAUUCCCGUGCAAAAGAAAGAGCGAAUUUUCUUGGUGUUUUGAAUCCUGCCUAAAGUCACUUUUUAAGUACUGUCCAAAAUGCGGCGUAGGACUGGAUUCAACUAUGACUACGGAAGUCCCAAAUACUGGUAAGAGUGUACGGUACAUAAUAUUAUGGCAGUACAAGACAUAUCUUUUAACUGUUUGUGACAUUAUUCAAAUUUAAUUGCAUGAAUGGCUGUGAUUCAUCUUGGGUAUCACAACCUGAAAUGCAAAGUACACGAGGAUUAGGAAAUUUGUCCAUAACGUCAGCGAUCGAGAUGGCUGGAUUACAAUUUAACAAAAUGAAACGAUUCGCAAGAGUAUUAAACUUGAAAUUUCUGGACAGCAGCACUUAUUACCGUCUACGAGGUGACUAUGUUUUUCCAGAGAUAGAUAAAGCAUGGAGAAAACAGUAGUCUAAACUUAUUGACGAUAUAAAGCAAGAGGAUAGGCAGUUAGAACUCGCCCUUGAUGGACAGUGUGACACUCCUGGACACAACGCAACAUACUCAACAGUAUCUGCAAUGGAUGUCAACACAAACAAAAUUAUUGAAUUCAACAUUGUCCAUGUUCGCGAGGUCAAAAACUCUCAAAAUAUGGAAAAGGAAGGAAAUUUAUUCGUUGCCUUGAAAACAUUCAGAAAAAACAUAAACUUCAAAUAGAAGUGGUUGCUACUGAUAGACACGGUCGAAUUUGAAAAUUGAUGAGGACCGAUCCUCGCUUUAAUCACAUCUUUCACCAAUUCGAUCCAUGGCACAUUGCUAAAGGAUUUGUGAAAAAACUGACUAAAACUUCAAAGAAAAAGGGGUUCCAUCUGCUGGCAGAAUGGGCCCCUGCGACAGUAAAUCAUUUAUACUGGUCUGUUUUAACGUGUAAUGGUGAUCCGAAUGACUUACGAGAGCGUUUUUGUUCCAUUAUGCAUCAUGUUGUAAACCGCCAUUCCAAUUUCGUUGAAAAUAAAAAUUACCUAAAAUGUGAACAUGGCGAACUUAACGACACUGACAUUCGACGCAAGAAGUGGUUAAAGAAAGGAACGCAAGUUUAUGAGAAGUUCAAAUCUAUUGUUCUUCAAAGACAAGUUGUCGCUGAUUUUUCCCACAUGACCCGAUUGGUCUAUAGCUACCACAUUGUUGGAAGUAUUUCAUAGUGUCAAAAUCCGCUAUCUCCCCAAAUCCAUUUUUUUCAAUAUGGAAAAGAUGAUUGCGGGUACUCAGUUAGCCAUUUUGGAUCAUAACUUAAAUGUGGAUAGAGAACAGGAGACAUCUAAAAAAGCUGAAAAAGAGGGCAAUGUGAAACCAAUUUUUCGCAUUGCCUAUAGCAAACCAACAAAACGUUUUGUCGCCAAAAAGGAGAAAGUCACAAAAGAUUAUAAUUACCUUGUUGACAUACUCGGUAAUAUAAUCACACGAGUUGAAGAAAAUAGAAAGGUAACCACGGAAAAGCGCAGCAAACGUAAGCUCAGUUUGACUAUAGCACCAUCAGAGAGAGAAGACCGUGAAGUUAUCAUUGAGCAAUCAACUAAGUAUAGCAGAUUAAAACUGUAGUGAAUUUUAUUUUUUUAGCUUAUAUAAUUAUUUACAUACUAUUUUCAUACAUAUAUUAUUUACAUGGAUAUUUUACACGUAUACUAAUGAACGGUUUAGUCGCUUUCGCCUUCGUGAGCUGCAAAUUGCCACACCAUUUCAAUCCUUAUGAACAUUCGUUCCUCUCUCUCUAAACCCAGUGUAAUUACCACUUUCAGAAGGGAAGGCUGUUCUUAUUUUAGCAACGACACAAGCAGGAAUGACUCUCCGCACACCUCGUCCCAACCUAGUAUGGAUGAACCAACUAAACUGUCUGUACGAUGCGUAGCGAUAUGAUCUAAAAUAGGUUAUAUAUUUCAUUUAUGGAUAAUAUAUUAUAUUACAUGUUCUUAUAUAACUCUACUUACUGGCUAGGUACGUUAUCCCUAUCAUAUGGUAACGAUGCAUUUUCCCUGUCAUAUAACGAUACCAAAGCAGUCCACAGAACACCCCUGUCCAGCAUCACGUUUGAAAAGCUAUCGUGCUCAGUGAUACAUCUGCAAUCUGAAAAAGGUUUGGGUACUAGAUUGUAUGUGUAAUUGUUUCACUGUUUAUUUUGUAAAUAGAAAUAAACUAAAGCAAACCGUCUAA